GGCAGGGGCGGGACCGGUCAGGACUCACAGUCCGAUACCAGCCUGCGAGGACGGGUCCCCUUCGUCGUUUAUCUAUUACGUCAACCAACCCAUCUCAGAAUGAAAGCUAACGCCAGCUCCCAACGGCCCCAGUGGUAAACAGGGGCUCAGGAAUAUUUCAGUCCUGACAUUCAAACCGUAAGAAACUGAACAGGAAGCUGGAGUAAGGACCUAAGACUCCUCUUUGACCAGUUUAUGAAGAAAUGUGAAGACGGCUCCUGGAAAUGUUUGCCUUUAUAUAAACAUGGAUCCCUUCAAAGGAUACAAGACUUCAAAACAUUUUUUCAUGCUGAUCUCACUUCCUAUUUCACUAAGAGUAAAGCAAAGCAGUCAGAAGACAACUUCCAAAAUCCCACUGCCCCACGUAGCCUCCUCCCUGUACCUGUGCCGGAUGUUCUGCUGCCUGUCUGCUAUGAAUGAACUGUCCAGAUCCUUGGGGAGGCCAGAUGCUCCAUUUGUGCACUGCAUUCCAUCCCUUUGGCCUACUAAAGGACAUCUCUUUCUGCUAAGUCUUUGUCAUCAGUGUACAGACCCAAAAUUUACAAAAGAAGAUGUAAUGACACAGACCCGUCUCUUCACCAGCAGCUUUGAGGAGGGCCUGGGCUUUGAACAUGCGAUGUUCUAUAAUGAUGUUGAAAAAAGGACAGUUUGCUUGUUUCAAGGAGGUCUUUACCUGGAAGGAAUGCCUGGAUUUCUUCAUGGAGGUGCCAUUGCAACCAUGAUUGAUAGUACUCUUGGUAUGUCUGCGCUAAUAGCUGGGGGAAUUGUCAUGACUGCAAAUCUCAACAUCAAUUUUAAAAGACCUAUCCCUCUUUGUUCUGUUGUUGUGAUAAAUAGCCAAGUUGAUAAAGUUGAAGGAAGAAAAAUUUUUGUUUCCGGUAAUGUUCAAAGUGCUGAUGAGAAGACCCUACACUCAGAGGCAACAGGCUUAUUUAUACAGCUGGAUCCUGAUAAAAGUCUGACAUAAAAGAGCUACUGGUGAAUUCCACACCAUUCUGCAUAAGGCUGUCCCCUUCCGGAAGAAGCAGUUAUCUCCAUACCUACUCUGCUCACCCACUGCUGAAUCCCCCGUAGGGAGAAGCCGGCAGACCUUCCUAAGCAGUCUUCUGAAUACAGUUUUAGGAACCAAGUUUCCACCUUCUAAACUUUUUAGCACAGAAACAGUGAGAGUAUCAGCAAUUCUUUGUGUCUCCUUAGGACAUGUGUCUGGUUCUCCUCAGCUUUGAAUGGGCUCCUUAAAGUUGCACAAGCAUGAUGUCUGUCCCACAGCAGACUGGAGAAAAAAAAAUUUUUUAAUAAUUUU